AUGGCUCUUGAUUUGACAACCGGAACCCUUGCUGGUGGAUUGACAAGUCUUGCAACUACAAGCAGUGCCACACAGGGUAUCAGCAUCAAUGCAGUUGCCGGCACUUAUAAUUUUGGCAAUACAACCAUCAGUGGAACCAGCACUCAGGGCAUCUUGAUUACAGGUUCAUCUGCCAUUGUUCCAACUUUUGGUACCACAACUGUAAGCUCAGGAACUGAUGGCGUAUCCAUACAGAACAACAGCGGUAAUGUUACGUUUACUUCACUGGGCGUUACUACUACAAAUGGUAUCGGUUUGUUAAGUACCAAUAAUACUGGGCAGGUAAUUGUAACCAAUGCCGUUGCUGCCAUCAAUGCCACGGGCGGUGCUGCACUCAGUUUAUCACAGGCAUCAGGAACCACAACAGUCAACCUGAAUUUCACAGGCCUUACUUCAAGUGGUGCAGCCAAUGCUGUUACACUUACCAAUAUUGCAGGAACAAUUGUUGGAGGUACAGGCAGCCUUGUUGGCACAGGUACCGUAUUCAAUGUGAGUGGUGGUACGGUGGGUGUUACUUACAGUGGCGGUAUUACACAGGCAAACAAUGCAGCUACGGUAAGCAUUGCUGGUGGCCAUGCUACAGGAACGAUAACAUUCAGUACAGGAACAAUCAGUGCUACUAACGGUACGGGUUUGCAGUUUGACAAUGCAGAUGGAACUUACAAUUUCAACGGCACCAAUACCAUGAAUGGUGGUGCAUCAUCCAUAGCCAUCUUUAAUGGCUCUUCAGGAACAUUCAGUUUCUCUUCCAGCAGUUCCAUCACCAAUCCUAAUGGAGGGCCAGCAGUGAAUAUCAUUGGUGGAACGGCUACUGUUACCUAUAGUGGAAGCAUUACCAUCAGUUCACAAAACCAGCCGCUAGUGAGUAUUUCAGGUGGGCAUACUACAGGUACAGUUCUUUUCCAGACUGGUACACUCAGUGCAACCAUUGGAACAGGUUUGCAGUUUGACAAUGCAGAUGGUACCUAUAAUUUUAAUGGAACGAACACACUGAAUGGUGGAAAUGCAGGCGUUGAUAUAUUAAAUGGCAGUGCUGGUAUAUUCAGCUUUAGCAAUAAUACAAGUAUCACCAGCCCUUCAGGAACCGCAUUCAAUGUAACUGGAAGCCCAACUGUCUCAUCAACCUAUGCAGGAACCAUUACUCAGAAUACUGCAUCUCAAUAUGCAGUGAGUAUUGAUGCUACCAGUUCCAAUACCAUCAGCUUCACAGGUACAGUUACAGCAGCAUCUACGCUGGCAACAGCAAACGGUGUGUUGCUCAAUAACUGUAAUGGGGGUAAUGUAAGCUUCACUACAUUGAACCUUGGUACAAGCGGAACAAGGAUUUCAGGUCAGCCUGCUAUAAGCAUACAAAAAGGAACAGGUAGUGGCAGCGGAACAUUUACACUGGGCACAGUAAGUAUUUUCACUUCUGCUCAAAAAGGAUUGCUGGCAACAAAUAUUGAUGGAACAAUCAACUCAACUGGUGGAACGAUAGAUGCACUCAGCACUUCAGCAUUGGAUAUUGCAGGACCCGCAGGGUUUACUACGCUAGGCAUGACAAUAGGAACAUUGAAUUCCACAGGUGGCACCAACAAUGUAAACCUGAGCAAUUGCAGUGGAACAGCUAGUUUGGGUAGCGGUGCUUUAAGUGCUGCCAGUGGAACUUCAUUUCUUGUCAGUGCGGGCUCUGCAGCUAUAACCUAUAACGGCACCAUCAGCCAGAGCAAUGCACAAAAAGUAAUAGAUAUUGCUUCUACCACAGGUGGUGCAAAAGCAUUUGGUGGCAAUAUCACCAUCUCUGGCAGCAGCACAGGAAUCAGCAUUACUGGUUCAACCAAUGCUACCAGUACCAAUUCUGUUACUAUAUCAGGUAAUAUAACAGCAACAGCUGCACAAACUGCUAUUACUGUUUCCAGCAAUACUGCAGGUACCUUCACCUUUAGCGGAACAACUAAAUCCAUAUCCACUUCAACAGCUAAUGCUGUAAACCUGGCAACCAAUACUGGCUGUACCAUUAAUUUCAGCAAUGGUGGUUUAGCUAUUACUACAUCAAGUGGUGUAGGGUUCAAUGCAACAGGUGGAGCAACGGCGGUUAAUGUGACCACUGGUACAAAUAAUAAUACUAUAUCAUCGGGUUCUGGCACAGCAUUAAAUGUUAACAGUACAACCAUCGGUUCAAGUGGGCUAAAUUUUUAUAGUAUAUCCGUAAACGGAGCAACCAAUGGAAUAAACUUGAAUACGACUGGUUCAUCAGGAGGGGGGUUAAAUGUAACUGGUACCGGUACCACAGCAGGAAGCGGCGGUACUAUUCAAAAUAUUAGUGCACGAGGGGUGGAAUUCAUUUCUUCCAAUAAUAUCAGCCUAAAGAACAUGAACUUCACCAAUGCUAAUACAACUGAUGCUGUUGCAAGCAAUACUGGGCUUUCAACAGGGAAUAAUUUAAGUGAAAAUGCUGCCAUCUAUUUAUACACUGUCAAUACUGUAUCAUUAGACAGAAUUGCUAUUAGUGGUACCACCGUAGAAGAAGGAAUUAAUGGAAACACCGUAAGCAAUUUUACAUUAUCAAAUAGUUCGAUAGUAAAUGCAGGUGACCAACCUGAUGAAGAUGGCAUUCAUUUUUAUAACAUGAGUGGAACUUGUGCAAUAACGAAUACAACUAUCAAUUGUACAGUAGUAACUCCCAAUACAACAGGAGGAGACGAUCACAUGAAUCUACAGAUGCAAUCAGGUACGCUGAAUCUUACGAUCUCUGGCGGAAGUGCUACGAAUGCCAAUAAAGGCAGCGGCUACCUGUUUGGUAUCCGUGGAACUGCAAAUGCUACGAUAACGUUUUCAAGUGCAACUUCUACUACCAAUUUUAGUGGAGGGAUAGUAGCAGAUGCUUAUGAUAAUGCAACUAUG